AUGGAGAAUAUCCGCGCCUAUGGCGUGGGUUUGGCAGGCGGACAGUUCGACGCAAAUACUUUUCUCAAGAAACCUACUGUAAUCUUCAGAAGCAUCGCCCUGGUGUUUGCUGCAUUGCUGUGGUUUAGCAUAUCAAAAGGUGGAUGGCAUAAGUUAGCUGGAUCACAUCAUCAAGUCUGUUUAUAUGGCAGCAGUUCGUCAACGUGCUCAUUUGCGUCAGCUCUCGGAUUUUUCUCCUUAGUUGCAGCUGGAGCUUUACUACUGUCCGAUGCUCGACUGGAACGAAUAUCAUCCGUACCAACAAGAAAGCGUGUGGUCACUGGAGAUUUAGCAGUAUCUGCAAUAUUCGCCGGUAUUUUUCUCGUUGCCUUCUUCACAUUUUGGAGCAAAUUUUCGUCAUUCGAACUAGAUGAGCCCUAUUCGUCCGGAUAUGCAAAGUUUGGAAUACUGCUAUCGCUGCUCUCUGCCCUGGCAUGGGGUGGAGCUGCGUUCUUUGCUUGGAGACGAUACAUGGAGGGUGCUAUAACAGCAGUAGGUACCAACUUCGACAACGAAUUCAGUGGUAUUGAUGGUGAUGUGCAGGAUGGAUAUGGCUACGGUGGAAGCUCUGAAGGCGUUGGAGCAGUCGGGGUAGCUAAUACGUCCUAUCAAGCCGGCGCUCCACCAACUGUGCCAACGAAUCCUAAUCCAUUUGUUGGGACGGACGGAUACGGCUACUGA